CCUUGUCUCUGCAAACAACUGCCGGUCAGUGACGCAUCACAUUUUAGCAUGUUUACGUGAUAUAGGACGUAUUUGUCAUUUUUUAACUUGUUGAGUUGUCAGUGGAGCAUUUCCUUUUGAUUGGGCCUAUUAAUCGAAUAAUUAUUCAAUAAAACCGAUAACAAACCUUUUAAGGCUAUAAAUACAUCGCGCCGUUUCAGAACGAACCAGUGUGCAUCGAACUCUCGAAGUAUUACUUCAAAAAUGGCUUACAAAGUCUCGUAUUUUAACAUCACCGCUUUAGGAGAACCUUUAAGGUUUCUUUGCAGUUAUGGUAAUUUGGACUGGGAAGAUUUCCGUGUAGAAUACACACCCGGCGUACCCAGCCAAAAAUGGCUGGAAUUGAAAUCAAAAAUGCCUUACGGACAAAUGCCAAUUUUGGAGCAUGAAGGUAAAGUGGCUCAUCAAAGCGUGGCUAUUUCAAGAUUCUUGGCCAAAAAAGUUAAACUCGUUGGUAAGGAUGACUGGGAAAACUUAAUAAUUGAUAGCACAGUUGAUACAGUAGCUGAUUUCCGUGCUAAAAUUGCCAGAUACCACUACGAGACAGAUGCAGCCAUUAAAGAAAGCGUCAAAGGGCCCUUGUUCACAGAACAAAUCCCUUACUACUUGAAAAAACUGGAUGAAGCAGCUAAAACUAAUGGAGGAUUUUUGGCUAUCAACCGUCUUACUUGGGCUGAUCUCUACUUUGUAAGUCAAUGGGACUACUUAAAUGGAAUGGCUCAAAUUGAUUUGUUUUCUGAUUACCCUAACUUGCAAAAGGUUAAGAAAAACGUUUUGGCUGUGCAAAAUAUUAAGACUUGGAUAGAAAAACGCCCCAAAACCAUAAUUUAAUUUUUUUUGUUCUGCCAAUUUUUUUAUUAUUCUGUUGAGUGAAAAUAUAUUAAACAUAUUUAA